AUGAAUCGAGGAUACCAACUCGGUGUUGACGUUGGUGGUACUUUCACCGAUGUAUAUGUCCUCACUCCCCACGGUCAAACCGUCCGAGCCAAAGUCCCAACCACAACCCCAGACCAAAGCAUUGGUAUUCAAAAUGGCAUCAAGAAAGCACGCGAAACACUCAAAGCCCAAUUCAACUGGUCUGGAAAGUUCCAGUUUAUUCACCAUGGUACUACGACAGGCACCAAUGCUGUCCUAGAAGGCAAAGGCGCCCGUACCGCGCUGGUAGUCACGGCUGGUCACAAAGAUAUCCUGGCUUUACGUCGCUCUCAAAUCCCCGGUGGUCUCGGUGCCUGGUUACACUUUACACCACCAGAACCCAUCGUACCUUUAGAACGGGUAGUACAAUGCAAGGAGCGGAUGUCGGUGCAUGGAGUGCCGGUCAAGGCAGUGGAUGUUGAGGAUCUUCGACAGAGCCUCCGAGUGUUGAAAGGUCAAAAUCCCGAAGCUAUUGCUAUUUCACUGUUGAAUUCACACAGUAAUGCCUCCCACGAACGCGUGGUCCAGGAAAUCAUUCGCGAGGAGCUUGGCUCCGAUGUGGCUAUUAUUUGUUCUGCGGAUGUGUUGCCCGAGGUGGGCGAGUACGAACGCACAGUCACAACCUGCACAAAUGCGCUCGUCAAGCCGGUGGUCCAGACAUAUCUUCAGAAUCUUGUCGAUAAGCUCACCGUGGAAAGUGAUACUAUCCGGGUACUCAAAAGCGAUGGUGGCUUAACAAGCUUGGUGCUGGCCGGUGAAUUACCCGUCACUAUUCUCAUGUCAGGACCAGCUGGAGGAGUGACUGGAGUGGCGGACGUGGUGGCUCGUGGUACGCCGUACAAGAACCUGAUCACUCUGGAUAUGGGUGGCACCUCGACAGACUGCGCUUUAAUUUACAACGGUCAGCCUCAGCUACGACGGGAAACCACCAUCGACAACAUCUCUGUUCGCUCUCCUGCCGUGGAUAUCCACACUGUCGGAGCCGGUGGAGGCUCGAUCGCGACAUAUAUGGAACUCACAGAGACGUUACGUGUGGGCCCCGAAAGUGCAGGCGCAUCACCAGGACCUGCCUGCUAUGGGAACAACGGGAACCACGCGACGGUAACGGAUGCAAAUUUAGUGCUGGGGUAUUUACCCCAAACGCUGUUGGGAGGAGACUUCAUGUUGAAUAUGAAGGCGGCAAUUGCGGCCAUGGAGAACAUCGCAUCGCAAAUGAACCUUCCCGUCUCACAGGUCGCAGAGGAUAUCAUCGCUCUCACUAACGAGACCAUUUACGGCGCACUCCGCCUCGUCUCCGUGGAGCAGGGUUAUGACCCUCGAGAAUUUGCUCUGGUGGCUUUCGGCGGUGCGGGACCUCUGCAUGCGAAUGCCGUUGGUGAACUACUGGGGGCAUGGCCAGUAAUUAUCCCUCCUUCACCGGGUAUUCUCUGCGCCCAAGGUGAUGUCACUACCAAGAUGACCCUUGAAAAAUCCGCCACCUUUAUCCACCUAGUGUCCGAAACGACCGCAGCCAUAGCGCGAGAUCAGUAUUCUCUGCUAGAGAAACGGGGUCGGGAAACCCUUGGGAGAUCAACAAGUACAUCUUGGUCCAUCACAUGGAAGACACAGUACCAGGCAGACCUCAGGUACAAGGGCCAAGCGUUGACAAUUACGGUCGAUCUGGAGGCAGAUGAGUUAGCUCUCAGCACUGAAGCGUGGCAUAACGUGCUCCGGGAGAAGUUCGACCGCCAGCACCAGCAACUUUUCACUUACUGCCUACCGAACUUUGAGUUGGAACUGAUCCGGCUGGGAGUUAUUCUCAUUGAUGACUCGCCAGUCGUUGAUGUUCCACAAAUUGCAAAGGCGUUAUCCAAUGACCCACCCCCGACAGCGAAAGUUGGGGAGCAGACCGUUAUCGUGCAAGGCCAACAGCAAAAAUCUAUAUUGUGGGAUCGCUCAAAGAUCAGCCAAGAGGGUGUCCGGGUAACAGGACCAUGCAUCAUCACGGAGAUGGACAGCAACACAUUGAUUCUCCCCGGCUAUUAUGGAGAGAUUGACAGCGUGGGGAACAUUUUGAUCAAUCCAUUAGAGAAGUCCUCGGAUGCGACCAGUCAUACGACCCAGUCUGCUAGUGAUCUCGUCAAAAGUACUCCCCUGCUUCCCACCCUAAUCUCUGCUGCCCUCGCCUCUAUCCGAGGCGAGAUGGAUAAGAUGAUGCUACGGUGCAGCAUGUCGCCAGCCAUUCGAGAGCAACAAGACGAAUUCAAUGUCAUAACGAACAGCAAAGGACAGAUGCUGGUUGGCCAGUUUGGCAGUUUCAUCACCCAGUUCCUCGAGGUUUGGAAAGGGACUAUCGAGGAAGGAGACGUAUUCAUCACCAAUGAUACCUACCAGGUGCAGGGGGCCAUUAGCCAUCUAAAUGACGUUAUCGUUUUGUUGCCUAUCUUUUACGAGCAUCGAAUCAUUGGCUGGGCUUCACAGUUUGGUCAUCUCACGGACGUCGGUGGUAUUGUUCCCGGAAGCAUGUCUAUCAACGCCACGUCCGUGUUCGAUGAUGGUGUCCAGAUUCCCUGCCUUAAGCUCUACAGUCGCGGUGUCAUGAACUCUGAUCUAGUAGAGCUUUUGUGCAGGAAUUCUCGUCAGCCCGACUGGUAUCGCUCUGACCUAACAGCAAUUGUCGCAGCAUGCUCUAUGGCCGCUAGACGAGUUUGCGAAUUGGCUACUCGGUUUGGCUGUGAGGUCUACCUAGCUGCCUCAGAUGAGCUAUUGCACCGGAAUCGUGCUGGAUUCGCAAAGAUCAUUGAACGCCAGUUCGACGACAAGGAGAGCAAGUUCACGGACUUUGUUGACGACGAUGGUCACGGAGUUGGACCCUGGGCUCUCUGCUGCUCUAUGAAAAAGAUUGACGGCCACAGGCUACGGUUUGACUGGAACGGGACUUCUCCGCAAAGUCAACACAGUAUCAACUUUUAUCUCUCGGAGACCAUGUUCAAAAUGUUCAUUGGGUAUUAUCUCAUCGCGGCUGCUGCACCGGGCACUGUGAUCAAUGACGGAUUCCACGACCUUAUUGAUGUGUAUAUUCCCGAAGGCACUGUGCUCAAGCCCGUCCGGCCUGCGCCAAUCUCUUGUCGCACUCAUCUCAUGGGUCGUACCCUGGACAUUAUCCAGGCCUUGAUCGGCCAGAAGAACGAAGCAUAUCAGGCCGCAGCAGGAUUCAGCGACUCCCCUCACUUCUUCUAUUCCGGCUUCAAGCCUGACGGCGAAUGGUUCCAGCUUUACCAGAUCGGAUUCGGGGGCGUCCCCGCACGACAGGCUGGUGAUGGUCCUGAUUGCCAUUGCCUUUUCCCUGCGAUCAAGUCCAUCCCCACGGAAAGCAUCGAGCUCAACUAUCCAUUGCGUAUCGAAGCAAAUGAAAGCGUCGCCGACAGUGGCGGUCCUGGGUUCUACCGGGGUGGAAAUGCCCAACGCACUGAAUAUCGGUUUUUGUGCCGUGGUGAAUUCAGUCUCCACGACGAUCGGUGGUUCACCAAGCCAUGGGGUUUGAAAGGUGGCAAACCAGGCCAGAGAUCACGAAAGACCUUAUACAGGUACUCAAAUUCAGCUGAAAAUCCACCUAUUGAGAUUCUUCCAUCGAAAUGCGACCACAUCCGCGUUGACAUUGGUGAUCUCCUCGAGUGGGUUACUUGGGGUGGAGGCGGGCUGGGCGAUCCUUUGACACGACCUGCUGAAAAGGUCGCACUCGAAGUCCAUCGAAAGCUUGUUACGUUGGAUGGAGCGCGCCACGGGUACGGUGUUGUUGUGAAUAGUGACUUUACAGUGGACUGCUCAGCAACUGAACAGCUCCGGGCCAGGAUGCAGAUUGAGCGUGCUCAGUCGGGUAAUCUUUCGAUUUAUGAUCGUGGUGGAAGUAUCGAGAAGUUGCGGGAAAGAUGCCUUGAAGAGACAGGGCUUGCUCCCCCUUCGCCUCAAUGGGACGUCGAACUUUAUGGGCCGCAUGCAGGAAAGGAGUAUGUCAAGACGUGGUACGCCGAUAUGAAAUUUCAGAAAGGGUGGAAGAUUGAAUAG